AUGCCGAGCGACAUCCACGUGCCACCAACUACGUACGAGCGCCUAAAGAAGCACCAGAAGGAGUUUUCAACUGCUUUGCGUCAUCCGGACUCUCCUGAAUGGUUUAACAAGGAGUAUAACGAGAAACUAAAGAAGGAGCUGCUGUGGGCUGCCCCAUAUGAUGCUCGCUUUCCUCAGGUACGCAAAGAACGGCAGUGCUUCGCAUACUACGUUGAUUUCCAUCGCUGCAAUGAAUUGAUGGGGAAGGACUACAAACCCUGCAAGUUCUUUCAGAAUGUUUAUAAGAUGGCUGAGUCGACACGGGCAAGUCCCGAAGAGAUAGAGAGGCGCGAGAAGUACUUGCGUGCCGAAUUGCGAGAAAUGAAUCCAGUGGAUCCAUUUACCUGGUCGUAUCCAAUGAAGUUAAGUUAUUCUUUCUUCAUGAUAUUAUUUAACAAGAUAUGUAUGAAAGUAAUGUGGAGCUCUUCUAUAGUUGCUAACAGGGAGUUCCGUAUACGAACACGAUUUCAGGGAGCCGGUGUGUUGGUAGGAUUGUCUCUUGUCUCUACACAUCUUUACAAUAUAUGGUAUAAAAAGCCUUACUAUUUCGCUAUCUUUCCUCGUUUGAUUGCUACUGGAGUAAUGGGCGCUUUGGGUUACGGCUUGGGAUCACUGAGAGAGCACCACUAUAAAACAAGGGACGCUGUUGUCCAGCAUUAUAUUGAGCUUCAUCCGCAGGAUUUUGACCAUUUCAAUGACAGGAAUGGGCGACCUUUUUCCGAGGUUCUGCUGCCAUGGUAUCCACGACGUGCGCAGUACACUAAGUACUAG